CUUACGGUAUCGUCAACUACACAUUAUCAUCAGAACUUCUAUUCAAUAUCAUUCUAUCACUCAACAUGCACAUCAUGACCAAGAAAGUGUUGCUUCGUAGUUUUUUCUUGGAAUUGCUCCUCGGUACCUCCAGACUGGGGUCUGUCGCCUUCGAGCUGCUUCGAACGGGGCGUAGUGGGACGGGUGACGAUGGAGGUAGAAGUUACAUGCUCCUUGCGAGGUGACCAUGCAAAAAAUCAAAUUGUUAGCCGCGAAGUGAUGCCAUAGCGUGUGUUUGAAACUCUACUUUUUUAGAUAUAGUUUUUUUUUGACACCUUGACACCGCUAUAAUCUUGUUCGUUGAAUUAUGACCAGCCCGGAUGGCAGUUGAGAAAAUUGCAGCCUUAGCGGCCAACGAUCCGCCUGAGGCAGAGUAUGAACAUCUUCCGUUUCCAGUCGUGCGAGCGCAUCCGAGCGAAUCCAUGACACUAGACCCGCCUUUUGUAUUCUUCUCUUUAUUUUUUUUUAAAUCAAUGCCUUACACUCUUUGGCUUUAAAGUUAUUUUUUUUACAAGUAGUACUAUCUAUUAUUUGGAUUUUCAUAGAUUCAGAGCGGCAGCUGAAUCGUGUUUGCUGGUGCGUCGGUUAUAACUGGAAUAUAGAUGUAUAAUUUCCUUCGAGAGGCGUGCUGCAAAUCUAGACUCGUCCUCCCAAAAAGAUCGCCUUUUUGGGAGGGUGUGGGUCCCGCGACGCUCAAAGCGCACAAAGUAAAUUAGCCGGCUAAUUUCCCUCGAUAGUUCGGAGGUCGUUCGUAACCCUAUGUAUUCGCAGAAUAUAGAUGUAUGUCAAAGCGAACAAUGUAAAGAAUGGUCACCUGAUCUCACUCUGUCGUACUACAGGCUUGGCGAUUCUACACUUUGCAUGCUGGUUUCGUCAUUGAGGACGGGUCCUCUGAGCCAGCACAGCAAUUGUGGUGCUUAGAUGAGUUCCCGGAUGCGAAUCGAAUUUUUACUGAUCUGAUAGGCAGGGGCGAAGGGAAUCGUGGCGUGUUCUUGCUAGACAGAAAUCGAGUUUUGAUGGACUCGUCUAAGAGUAGUGGAACAACGUGCUCGACCGCUGUAACUACUGGCCCAGGGCGAGCAGCAACGAACGUCACCACGACGUCGACGCUGCCAUCACCAGCCGGCCCCUGUACUGGUUCUGCAUUUGCAGGCGCUUGCACUGCUGCACGAUGGGAAACAGAAGAGCAGACAGCUGCGGCUACAAAAUCUAUAUUCGGCACAUUUCUGCGUGGUAGGUCUGCGUCAACCGGUUCGAGCGCGGAUACGGAAGGACGCGAGACUACCUGCUCACUUGGUGGAGCACAGGAUAAUGUGGUGCGCCACAUGGAGCAGAACUAUAUUCAGCUAGACUUCGAGGUUGUAGAACGCACUACCUGGGGGAAAUCGCUCGCACUGAGUUUAUGAAGAGCUGCAGCAAUGUCUCUGUAACAAUGAAGUGCAACUGAUUCCAUCUAUCCAAUAGAUAUUCUCCCCUUGUGAGCUAUUCGCCCGUCGUGGCUAAAAGUGAUUACUGCUUCGUUCGCAUUGAUUUCGACGCUAAGAAGCAAAGAAAAAGGGCUCACUAAUAUGGGGAGUCAAAAAUGUUCUAUUAGAGGAGUUGCUCAUGAGGGUACUGUCUCGUUCUGGAUUCAUCAGAAGAUAAGAAGCAGCUAGUGGAUACGUGGAAUCGCUUCCUUACGGCCGCUAUUGGCCCUGAAAAUCGUCAUGCCGCGGUCGCCCUUCUAGGCUGUUCUGUCGUAUACUCACCGGGUCGUGUGAUCGACGAAGCUGCAACCAACAACACAAGAACUGCUGGCAGCGAGAACACCACCGGUGCACUCACAUCACCAACUCCUUCCUCUCCACCUGGUGUCUCUUCUCUGGCACGGCGUUCUGCUGGUGCAGGAGCAUACCGCUUCUCACUCUGGAUCGAUCCCUCAGAAUUGGUGAAGCCGCAACGAACCGGCAAGGGCGCUGCGGUACGCAACCGGGCCAGCACAGCCGCCACUUCCGCAGUUGAGAAGCUACUGCUGAAAGAUUGUACUGCGACAGAGGACAGUGAUGAGCAAAAGAAAUCUGCCACGACGGUUGAAGACACUGUGACGAACUCGCGUGCUCAAGGUGAAGGUGCAGAGGAAGACGCAACAAUGGCAGUGGAUGAGGACAAUGAGGGGUCGUCUGGUGCUCCAACUACUUUCUUGAGCUUGGGUGCAACUGGUUUCUUGCGACGUUUUCUUGGUGGUGGUACUACGACGACGACUUCCGGCAACAAGGCCACCAACGCGACCACCUUGCUGGGGUACAAUAAAACGACGGCUGCUCCCUGCUCUCCACCUGCGAUCUCAACCACAUCAACUAGUAAUGGCUUUUAUUAUAACAGCAAUCCUGCCACAGGCACACCAGGAGAUUGCACCACCAUGGACCCCAGCGUGGAGAUGACGCUUUCGCAAAACAAUGAUGAUGAAGAUGACGAAUUUGUCUUGGUCACUCCCACGGCUGCUAGUCAAGAGAAAAAAGCAGAGCUUGUGGAAUCGGAAGCACAGGUGACAGAAACGUGCAUCCAAACUGAGUGCGCCGGCCACGAAUCGGCAAUGAGCACAGCAGGAUCUGAACCUGGGGAGCGUGAAUCUCCGUCCGAUUCUGACUCUUACGAGAACUAUAGUGUCAUUGGUUUUGUUCCUCAUCCGUGGUCGUCCUCAUCCUCUUCUUCAUAGCUGCAUAUGCACAUUCCACACACUGUCGUUCUAGACAUCGACCUGAUCGUCUUGGAACUCUACUAUAACUUCUGAUUGGCCCCCCAUGUAAACGAAACCUAGUACAGUUCUUUUUUUCUACUGAUUUGAAUAAUAGUUAGAAGAAUCAGUAUGUGAUAGUGAUGAUCACGGCACCAAUUAAGUACGCUAUCUAGUACUUCCUUCAUUUUGAUACGCGGCAAGCUUCGAACGCCGCACGAUCUAAAGACGAGAAGUCGAUUUUUCUCUUCUUUGAUCGCCAGAUACGUGAUCUCUACGCUGAUUUUCCGAACCAAGGAGCUCCAGGAAUCGCCGAGCGUUUGCGUUAUGGUGUCCAGAAACUUAUGCCUGGCAGACCUGCAAGUGCAACGAGUUUUGUAGUAACCAGCAGUGAGUCACAUUUAGAUUUACUCACUGCUACAGAAUAAGAAAGAUAGAUUUGUUCCUCGACGAUGGAAUCGCUUAAGACAAAGCAUACUUCAUUCGUGAGGAGCUGAUGCAGAUCGAGCAUCGAGUGUUUUCGGCAGAGGAAGUCGCCCCGCGCCUUCGCCAGUGGCACCACAUUCCUGGUCUGGCUGCACUUUCGCUUCAAGCUAUCAUUGCACAGGCACCGUCACAGUCGAGCAUUAUGAUGCUGCUCAAUUUUUGUAUGUCUAUGUGAUUGUCUCUAUACGCAUAGCGCUCACAUGAAUGUCCGCGUAUCUACUAGGUAUGCUCGCCCUCUCGAUCUUAAUCCUGACUUAUCGGAUGAGCAGGAGAAAAAAUGACAUGGUCCCUUGUGCAGUUUCCCUUUACACUAGCUGAAGAUAGUAGAAUUAAAGGACCGUCUCGUCGUCUUCACUAAAGCGCUAAUGGUUGCAACAGUAGGAGUGCAGCUUCGUCAAGUGCAUCAUCGGACACCUCAUCUGGCCAGGGUAACAGCAGUUCCGGAGGCGUCGAUCAAAGUCCCUGCAGCGACGACGUGAGUUACCGCUUCAUCUUGUGGGUGCACAAGGGAUUUCUCGUGCAUAGUAAUGCUUACGCUGCUCACUUUUACGACUAUGGCUGGGCCGGCUCGCAAUGGACUUACGGAGGUACGAGCAAAGCCACGAAUCGAAUUCGCGAGCCUAAAGCGGAUACUAUCGUCCACGACGUGUUGGUUAACUAUCGCACAGUGACGGUUCGCAAGCGUGACCUGCCAUUGGAGAUAGACAUUACGGUAAAACUCUACUGUGUGUUCCUUUUUGGCUUUCUUGAAGAUCUGACGAUCUAUCCUAAUUUGCGCGCGACUGCCUGAGACUGCCUGCAUUCUUCGACGAAAAAUCCGACCAUAUUCUCAGAAUGUUGAUUCAUCCAUUCCUACGUGCAUGCAAAACUACAACAAAUAAUUCAGAACGACCCCGAUGAGUUCCCAGUGAAUUCGGAGAGGCAGGUUGCACAAUUGACCUCGCGGAUUCAAGAGCUUUUGAAUCAUCGCCGCGUCACGAGUUUCAUGGUGACUGGCAACUUCAACAGCAUGCCGUACGGGACCGUCCACGUCAAAGCGGUGUAUCGCGUGGAGAAAAAGCCGUCUUCUGCUCGGCCAUAA